AUGCCACUGGACCACUUCAUCAAGCUUUGCAAUGGGGAGAGAGAGAAGGGGCAGUUGACGAUGAUGAAGGAUGUCUCCCUCAUGAAGCAAGGUGUUGUCCAAGGGGAGAGACUGGUGAACAAGAUCCAGGAUUUCAUCCACGACGACUGCCUCUCGCGGUACUGCUUCCUACCUCAGGUGCUGGACAAUGUUGAGUCAGUGAUAGGGCCAAACAUCAAGGCAAUGCAUACUAUGCUCAUCAAUAAGCCCCCAGACUCUGGCCAGAUGACAUCAAGGCACCCAAUGCAUCAGGACCUGCAUUAUUUUCCAUUCCGGCCGGCAGAUGGGAUUGUUGCUUCUUGGACUGCCAUGGAGCCAGUGCACAAGGAGAAUGGAUGCCUCUUUGUUGUACCUGGCACACACAAGGGCACCCUUCUUCAGCAUGACUACCCUGAAUGGGAGGGAGGAGUGAAUAAAUUUUAUCAUGGAGUAAGGGGAUUCCAUGACACCAACCACACAUAUGUGGAGAUGGAGAAGGGGGACACAGUCUUCUUCCAUCCCCUCCUGUUGCAUGGUUCUGGUAGCAACACUACCAAUGGGUUCCGCAAGGCCAUCUCCUGCCACUAUGCAUCAACCAAGUGUCACUACAUUGAUGUGAGCGGCACGAGUCAGGAGAACAUUGCUAAAGAGGUGGAGGAGAUGGCAAAGAGGCGAGGCGUCCAAAUAUCCUUCCAGGUUCGUAAUUUAUAA